AUGAGACUCACUCUGCACUUUGUGGCGACUGGCACAGUGGUUCUAGUGAUCGCUUGGGUGGCGCACAUGCGCAAUGGCUUAGAGGAAGACAUGGAAGAUGUGAAGCUUGGACUGUAUGAACCACCCGAUCGAUGUCAACAUGUUCGCCUAUCGCAGAUAAUGCAAAAUGGGAAAGACACAGAGAGAAGUGGCGUGGAACACUCGUUGAAAAAGAAAUUAGAAGUUCCAACCGCGUUUGACUCAAUAGAGAACUUUCUAGAAGUUGCAGAACAAUCUCAAGAUAGAGGUUUGGCUUGUGGAAGAACAAAAUAG